AUGCAAUCAGUUUCAUUAGUAAAUACAUCAAUUGAUGGUGCAAAGUUAAAAUAUUCACAUCUUGAAAAUAAUAAGUAUCUUUUCGAAUAUCCAUGUGAAAGGAAUGAUGAAUGCACAGAUUAUAAAGUUAUUUUUCUUCCAGGUGUCUACAAAUUUGAACUAUAUGGAGCAUCUGGUGGAUCACAUAUCAAUAAUGCAUCUUCAUAUCGGUUUGAAAAUAAUUCAUGCAUUGAUGAUCAAAUUGUUUUAAAAUAUGGUGGCAACACAGCGUGCCAAAAAGUGUCUAGUAAUGGUGGCGCUGGCGGCUAUAUCUCUGGAAAGAUAAAACUCAAGAAAUUAACUGCCACUUUUUUGACAAUUGGAGGUCAAGGAAUUUUUUCGCAUAAUUCAAUUUGCUAUUGGGAUGAUGCAUGCUUCAAUAUUGAGCAUCUAAUUAAAGGUGGAUGUGGUGGAGGUGGUAGUUCAUCAGAUUAUUGUGUGGAUUCUAAUACUGUUGACUGUGGAUCUGGUUCAGGAGGUGGUCAAACCGCUGUCAAAUUCAUCGAAAAUGAUUUAUGGCAUAGAGUUCUUGUAAGUGGUGGUGGAGGCGGAUCUGACGAUAAAAACGGUGAAUUUGCUAAAACUGAUGAUGGUUCAGGUGGUUCUGGAGGAAAUUUGACUGCACAAAGUUGGUUUGUAGAUGGGAUAUUACAUGAUGAAUACAUUGCGUUCGGUUCUGGAGAAGCUGCAAGAUUAGGAAAAUCAAAGAACCCCAACGCAGUACAAAUUAAUGGAUCACUUGAUAUAGCAGGUGCUGGGGGAGGAAGUUCGUGGGCAUUGACUAGUGAUGCAAUAAUUCCUCAAGGACUGAUCAAUGCAUCAGAAAUGUUUUAUGAAAACAUCAUUUCGAAAGAAUAUGCAUUCACAAAACACUCUGGAUAUCUUUUUGAAGAUGUCAUUCAUGUUCCUGGCAUCUGGAACGGUCAUGGUAAAAUCAUCAUUACUAUUCUUGAUUCAUAUGAAUGUCAAACUUGUUUAAAUUGUAUUAAAAUGAAAAUCAAUUUUAAUAGUUUUAUCCUUUUGAUAGAAGUAAAAAGUUAA